AGCACUCCUCUCUCACACUCUCCUCUGAAAAUAACUAUGACUCGCAAUGUACCGAAACCCACAGUCGAGGCCAGCGGGCACAAAGAUGAGGAGAAGCAAUCGCCCGAAGACAGUGCUAUGAAGAAUGGCAUCUUUCAAGAAAACAACACACAGCCGCCCAAGGAAGAGAGCGUACUGCCACUCUUCAGCCUCAAGCACAAGACUGCCAUAGUGUCCGGAGCCGGUGCUGGCAUCGGCUACGCUGUUGCACAAGCGUACGCUGAAGCUGGAGCGAAUGUUGCUAUUUGGUACCACGGCAACAAAGAAGCCAUCACCAAAGCCGCCGCAAUCGAAAAGCAAUACGGCGUAAAGUGCCGCGCGUACCAAACCGACGUAACAUCCUUCGACUCGAUCAACGACACCAUCACCUCCAUCGUCAAAGACUUCAACGGCCGACUAGACAUCUUCGUCGCCAACGCCGGAGUUCCCUGGACGCAAGGCCGGAUGAUCGAUGGCGAGCGCUCGCACUACCAACGUGUCGUUACGACCGAUUUGGACUCGGUCUUCUACUGCGCACAAGCUGCUGGUGCGGUUUUCAGGCGGCAGUACACGGACGGUGGUCUUUCGACGACGGGCGAGAAGCUGCAGAAUUAUGCUGGCGGUUCGUUCAUUGCCACGGCUUCCAUGUCCGGGCAUAUUGCGAACAUCCCGAACCAUCAGUCGGCGUACAAUGCUGCAAAGGCGGGUGUCAUCCACUUAUGCAAGUCGUUGUCGGUCGAGUGGGUCAAGUUCGCGAGGGUGAACUCUGUGUCGCCUGGGUAUAUGGCGACCGAGAUUUCUGAUUUUGUGCCCAUCGAGACGAAGAAAAUUUGGAGGGGAAAGAUUCCGAUGGGAAGGGAAGGCCAGCCAGCGGAGCUGAAGGGGGUGUACUUAUUCUUGGCGAGUGCUGCGAGCAGCUAUAUGACCGGCAGUGACAUGGUGAUUGAUGGCGGAUAUUGUGCUGUUUGA